AUGUCCGUACAAGAAGCGUCCGUGAUGAGCACUUAUUUGCCGACCACUCUUUUGGCUCAGCUAGAGGAAACCACACCAAAAAAUCUUCAUACACCUUCAUCAAGUAUUUCCAAUCUUUUUCUUCCAGAAGCCGAGUCCGAUGAGCCUCUCCAACUGGACAAAGCGCCAUCGACAAUGGCCCCAUCGACUAAAUUCGCAGUUAGAACACCUGCGCUGGACUUAUCAACAUCCGCUCAAGACGUCGAAGAGAUCGAUGAAAUGGACUACUCUUGGUACGACAGUGACACUAAAGCUUCAUUCUAUCCAAGAUCUCCAAUAGAAUGCUACAUGUACGAGUACUACCGGGAAAACGAAGAACCACUAACAAUCGCGGAAUGCUUGUUUCUUUACCAAAAGAUUCUGCGAUUUGGAAAUCCUGAAGAACGCAGAGUCACGGGGGUUCCCGCCACGUCUGUUCCAAGCAGAGUAGCAACAGAAGGAGCACUUGCAGAACAACAUACGGAACCAUACACCAUGUCGACUGCGGCGUCGAAAACAUUGGGAACACACGCGGGCGAGCAGACUCCGCUCGUUCCCCAACGCCCUUCCGAAGCGCCCGCGUCAUCAUGGGAGAUUUUUACAUCAGAGCCGUUCGUCGUCGCCGACUUGGGCAUUUUGGCAGCUUUCUCAGAAACCACUCUGAGUAGUAAUGAGGAUGAAUCUUCGGUCGAAUUUGCCGCAUCGUUGACCGCAAAUGAGCUAGUAACUGAGCCCAUGACCGAGACAGGGCCUCAAUCAGACUACGAUUGCGCGUCGAAAAAAUACACUUCUUACGACGGAAUCGAGCUCACGUUGGAAGAAUGCGAGAGCAUUCUGGCGCUGAUCCCCAGAGAUCUCCUUCCUCUUUAUAUGAAACAUUCAACAGUUGCAGUUCUCGAGAGUUUGCCGCCAUCUGCGUCCGAAAGUUCGCCAAAUGCGCCAAAAGCUUUUCUUCUUGAAUUGACUGGACUUCCUGAAUGCUCUGACGCAAAAGCCAGACAACUUUCCAAGCAUCUGGCGCGGAGAAAGGUCAAGACCCUUUCAAUAGAACGAAACUGUCCAAAUAUUUCUCUGCGGCUACAGCUCACUUCCGCUGCAACAAAGAAGCAUGUCAGCCAUCUACUACCACGAAUGCUCCAGAAAAUCUUCCGCGAAGAAGUCGCCUAUCGUCUCGUCCCAGCUGAUCCAAUCUCGGAGUAG